AUGUGGACAUCACGGCCGCGGCGAAUCCGCGCAAUGCGAUUGCGGAUCGCUCGUGACGGAUUGCUUUUCGCAACACCGCACUUGUGCCGUGUCGCCGGUGAAUCUCGCCUCUAUUCCGUGAGCGAUAAGGGCGGCAUAAGCAGGACGGGCGACACGUGCGCGGCACACGUGGCCGGCCACGCACCGCUAAUUGAUUUUCUUACCCUUCCUAUGGACGUUAGCGCGGUCCGAGCCGACUGUUUGCUGGUACUCGAG